AAAAAUUGAUUUUACCUCCACUAAAACUCUAAAAGUUACUUUUAAAUUUCUAUAGGUUGUAAGGAUCAUUAUUAAACACCUCAUAAAACUCGAUUAUUAGUAAUGCGUAAGGUCCACUAGUCCACUAACCAAAAAUAUUUAGAAUUGAUAUUGAAUUUGAGCUACUUAAUUUUAAAUCAGAUUGGACCACAAUCCUAAUUCAUAUAAUUUUACCACCACUAAAACUCUAAAAGUUACUUUUAAAUUUCUGUAGGUUAUGAAGAUCAUUAUUAAACACCUCAUAAAACUCGAUUAUUAGUAAUGCGUAAGGUCCACUAACAAAAAAUAUUUAGAAUUGAUAUUAAAUUUGAAUUACUUAAUUUUAAAUCAGAUUGAACCACAAUCCUAAUUCAUAUAAUUUCAAAGCGAAUCAAACCUAAACCGAAAGCCGAACUUUCACCCACUACCCCCUAAACAAAUCACACUAGCGAGUGUUUUCCCCGGGAAAAUCGGGAAAUUGGAACAAGAAAUGGGUGCCUAGAAAUGAAGCAUAAAAGGGUUCAUAAAUCAACGUUAGCUAUUUUCAAAAAAAAAAAAAAAUCAAAGCUAGCUCCUCUGCAAUUGCAAACAAACAAACAAAAACAAUACAAUUUCAUGGUUGAUAAAAUUGUUUCUCUCUCUUCCUCUCCUUGUGAAUCUCCAAUCUCCCUAUUUCACUCGCAAACCCAACGCAUAGAACUUUCUAACACCGCCCGAUUCUCCAGCCUCUACCCCCCGUAAUCACAGCUCUGCCUGUCAACCCCUUUUUUCCAGCUUCCCUCUUUCUCUCUCCUCCCUCAUAAUCUUCUUCCAUAUUCUUCUUCUUCAUCAUCAUCUUAAUUCUGUUAUCUAUCUAUACCAUUUUUGGGUUUCUAAUUUUUUCAUUCAUUUCCCCUUUUUCUGGGUUUUUCUCUUUUUUUGGAUAUCUAUCUUGCAUGGAUGCAUAAGAAAAAGAAGUUGCAAAGGUGAUUGGCGGUUGUUUGGCCGGAGAGCAUUUGCUGAUAAUCUUGAAGAAUGGGAAGGGUUAAACUAAAGAUUAAAAGAUUGGAAAGCAGUAGCAACCGUCAAGUAACCUACUCGAAACGGCGCACCGGAAUCAUUAAGAAAGCUAGGGAGUUAGCUAUCUUAUGUGACAUAGACAUUGUUUUGCUCAUGUUCUCUCCCACAGAGAAGCCAACAUUGUUCCUUGGAGAGCGUAGCAACCUUGAAGAAGUCAUCACCAAAUUUGCUCAAUUAACUCCACAAGAAAGGGCAAAGAGGAAAUUGGAGAGUCUUGAAGCACUAAAGAAAACUUUUAAGAAGUGUGACCAUGAUGUAAAUAUAGAAGACUUUGUUGCUUCAAGUGGUCAAACGGCUGAGGAACUGGCUAACCAAGUGGGGCUGUUGCAAGCACAGAUUACAGAAGCACAUAAGCGAUUGAGCUGUUGGAGUAAUCCUGAUAAGAUUGACAAUGUGGAGCAUUUACGGCAGAUGGAAAACUCCUUGAAGGAAUCAAUUAACCAAAUCCGCUUACACAAGGAAAAUAUUGGAAAACACCAAUUUAUGUCUCUAGACUGCAGUAACCAGUUUCAGAAUGGGAUGCAUAUUCCUUUGAUGAUGGGUAGUAUGCAAGAAUGUCAGCCGUUAUCAUGGCUUUCGAGUAAUGACAAUCAACAUUUACUGCUGUCUGAAGACCCAAACUUUUUAUCUCAUAGAGACAUGAAGUGUACCAGUGAUGCUUCUCUACCUGGAUACUCUGGAUACUACGGCGAUGCCAAAUUAGAAAUGGAAAAUGCCAGACAAUGUGAGAACGCAAGACAAGAUUGUGGUAGCUUAAAUGAGCUGACUGCAAAUGCAUGCAUGGGAGUUCAAAUUGGCGAGCAAUAUCCAUACUCCCCAUAUGGAAAUAUUAAUCUGCCCGAGGAGAAGAAAGUGAUGCCAGAUAAUGGGAUCAAUUUUCAAGGCAAUCCGAUGGAUUACCAAAUUCCUGGUCAAUUUGAUAUGCCUAGGUCUAUAUAUGAUACAAGGCCUCAACCAUGGGCUCCUGCUGCUUUGCAAUGUCCCAUUCCUAUGUUCAAUGAAAAUUCAUACCCACAGGUUGGUUCUCAAUAGCAUCUGAUAUUGUGUUGGUUGAUUCCAUGUCCGAUAUCUUGAUUUUUGCCAUUCUUUUCUAGGUUCCCUGUUAAAAGAGUUUCAUUAUUGCUUUUAAUGGUGUAUGAUAAUGCGGUCUUAAGAAUAUUCUUGAAGCUCAAAUGCUGUCAUAUGGCUCUCUGGUUUGUCUUCAAAAAUUUUCUUUCUUUAUUCUUCUUCCUUCGAACAAGUUACAGCUAUUUAAACAAUUUGCCAAGCCACAAGAAUCUGAAAUUCUGUCUAGCCAAUAGCCAUGCUGUGAAAAUCAUGUUAUUUGGUUAUUCACCAAAGACCACGGGGAUUAAACUGUCACCUGUACACCAUAUGACUCGCAUUCCCUUUUUUGGUUUUAGGCCUGUCUUGGCUAACACUUACUCCUUAUAUCUUGCACAUCUUCCUCUAGCUGCCAAUCACCACUACAAGUUCAAUGGUAAAAAAAAAAAAAAUUCUAACUUAUGAUGAAGAAUGCAGCAGAUAGAUGGCAUUUAAUUCUUGGGCAAAUAAUCUUUCAUGGACUUGACAACCCAAGCUUCAAUUGGACUAGAAGUCAAAUACAGCGUAACAAUUAUAAAGUAAAUAGACGGGAGGGAAGGGAAGGAGGGGAUGAGUAAGGGAAGGGAAGGCAGGGCAAGGCAAGGGAAUGUGUACCCGUGCAUUAGUGCAUUUUCCUACCAAAUCCUAGGAUAUGGUUUAUUUAAAGGAGAGUAAAACUGAUCCUGCUCUCUCUCCCCUCUUCUUUCCUUCCUUUCAAACAAGGGGAAAUGGAUACCUCUACUUCCCUAUCAUCCAAAUUCUUUAAUUUUACAUGGUUCACCUGAAUUAGGCUAAUUUAAUUACUGUCAAGUGUGUUGGUUGCCUGUGAAAGAUGUUAUCCUGGGAGUUUAUUUUGAUCCUUUCAUAAGCAAAGGAAAAAUUUUCUGGCAUGAGCCUUUUGUAUAUUAUGAAGUUUUAGUUUUACACUUUUAUGAUUUCUAUUUUUUGGUUAUAUAUUGGUUAAUAGCUCCAUAAUUGCUUGAUAACAUCUUAACGUGAGAAUACAAUGUCACAGCAAAGAUAUUUUUUAAAAAGCCAGCAAAAUCAGGAUGCUGACACACUUUUCUAAACUAGUACUUGUAUGUGUUUAAAAAAAUUUAUGUUGUGACAUGAUACUAUUUAACUAAUAAUUGUUUUAAUCU